GGUCAAAUUCGAACAUAGGUUUAUAGGAUCACAUAGUUGAUCCGCUCUAACCCCACACCUACCUGCAGACCCGGUUAGACCUGAGGUCCUCUCAUCCCAGGGAAGAGACUAGGGUUCGCACUGGCUCCCCUGGGGCCCGGCUUGGCGUGGCAAAGCUGGGAGUCUCGCCCUAGGUUGGGGUUUCCUCUGCUCUGUAAGCCUCUGCAGAAAGAGCAGAGGGUGGUGGGAGAAGUGCCCAAGAGGGGCCACAAGCUACCUGUGAUCUAUAUCCCCCCACCAGGGGGAUGGGUGCUUUCAUUUUUAUCGUUGUGCAAAACUUCACAUUAAGUACUGGACUUCUCCAAAGAAUCUCCCAGACAUCUACUUGUUCUUUCAAAACAUCACAGAUUUUUUAAAAAAUAAUUUACAUACCAUAUAAUUUGCCCAUUUUGAGUGUACAAUUCAAGGCUGGGCGCGGUGGCUCACGCCUGUAAUCCCACCACUUUGGGAGGCCGAGGUGGGUGGAUCACCUGAGGUCAGGAGUUCGAGACCAGCCUGACCAACAUGGAGAAACCCCAUCUGUACUAAAAAUACAAAAUUAGCUGGGCGUGGUGGCACAUGCCUGUAAUCCCAGCUCCUUGGGAGGCUGAGAGGCAGGAGAAUCGCUUGAACUCGGGAGGCGGAGGUUGCGGCAAGCCGAGAUCGCACCAUUGCACUCCAGCCUGGGCAAAAAGAGCGAAACUGCGUCUCAAAAAAAAAAAAAAAAGGCCAUAGGUCUGAACAGACCCCUCACCUAAGAAAAAUAGAUACAUAGCUGGCAAAUAGGCACAUGAAAAUGUGCUACACAUCAUAUGCCAUUAGGGAAUGGCAAAUUGAAACAAUAAUGAGAUACUACUAUACAUCUAUUAGAAUGGCUAAAAUGCAAAACAGUGAUAGCACCAUAUGCUAGCAAGGUUAUGAGGCAAUGGGAACUCUCGAAUACUGCUGGUAGAAAGGCAAAAUGGCAUAGCCACUUUGGAAGACAGUUUGGCAGUUUCUUACAAAAAGUUAAAUAUAGUCUUACCAUAUGAUGCAGCAAUCACACUCCUGGGUAUUUGCACAAGUGAGUUGAGAACUUAUGUCCAUGUGAAAACCACACAAAUUAUUAUAGCAGCUUUAUUCAUAAUUGCUCAAAACUUGAAUCAACCCAGAUGUCCUUCAACAGAUAAAUGGCUCAUCUGUGUUACAUCCACACAAUGGAAUAUCAUUCAGCAAUAAAAUUAACUGUGCUACCAAGUUAUGAAAGGCAUGGAAGAGUCUGAAAUGCAUAUUGGUAAGUGACAGAAGCCAGACUGAGAAAGCUACAUACUGUAUGAUUACAAGUUUAUGACAUUCUAGAAAAGGUAAAGCUAUAGAGACAGUAAAGCAGUGACUGCCAGGGGCUCAGUGGGAGGGAGGGAGGGGGGAAUGAAUAGUAGCACAAGUAAUUUUUGGGGGCAGUGAAAGUAUUUUGUACUAUAUUGUAAUGGUGGAUACAUGAGUUUAUGCAUUUGUGAAAACCCAUAUGAUGUACAAUAUGGGUUUAGUUAAUAAUGUACUAAUACUCAUUUUAAAAUGUUAACAAAUAGGCCGGGUGCGGUAGCUCAUGCCUGUAAUCCCAGCACUUUGGGAGGCUGAGGUGGGCGCAUCAUGAGGUCAGGAGAUGGAGACCAUCCUGGCCAAAAUGGUGAAACCCCAACUCUACUAAAAAUACAAUAAUUAGCCGGGUGUGGUGGCAUGCGCUUGUCGUCCCAGCUACUCGUGAGGCUGAGGCAGGAGAAUUGCUUGAACCCGAGAGGCAGAGGUUGCUGUGGGAUCAUGCCACUGCACUCCAGCCUGGGUGACAGAGCAAGACUCCGUCUCAAAAAGAAAAAAGGAAGAAGAAACUAAAAUGAGGUCCAAUGAAGCGGUGCCAGGAAAAACAUAAUGAGCUGUUAAGCCCAGGAAAGGUAAGUGGUUAAGAGAGAACUUUGGUCUGAGACUUACUGGAAUCAAGCUGUAGCACUGCCUCCCACCAGCUUUAUGACUCAGGGCAAAUACUUAGCCUAUGGGAGCCUCAGGCCCUGGACCCUCUACUCCUCUGCUCCACCCAUGGGAGAGAUCAGGCCCAUCUCACAGAGGAACAGAUUUUCAAGAACGAUUUGAGGAUAUGUAUUAGCCCAGGACAUGUUAUGGGAUGACCAGUGUCUUCAAACUAGGCAGAAAGAGGGGACAAGUGGGGGACAGGGUACAGGAGUCAGGGGAAGUAGGCGAAAAGGUGGACUGUUUAGUAGGGGAUCAGGAACAUAGAAAAGUGGCAAGACUAGUGACCUUGGUACCCAGACACCAGGGGUAUAACUCAGACACCAGGUGUGAGAACAGCUCAACUCCAGGGUUACUUCCAUCCCCAGCUUGCAAUGUCCACGGCUGAGCCUCUUUGAUAACUUGUGCUAACUUGUGCUAUUCCUGGUUUCAAGUCUACCUGGUCCAUCAAUCGGUGCUCUUGUCUGCACUCCAGUUGGGGGAACUCAUGAACUGUAAAGGGCAAUCCUGUGGGGAAUGAACAGGCUCGUCAGUCCAGCCUAGGGCAGACUGACCCACCAUGACAGUCCAGGGGUACUGAUGACAGGCAUGUACCAUGAGCUUGGGGGCGUCCCACCUGUGUCUCCAAUGGAGAGAAUACACAGGUGUCACUGAGGAACAGGGUUGCAAGGACUAUCUGAGGAUAUGGGGUCAGCUGAGGACAUGUUAAGGAGAGGCAAACAUUACACAGCUAGGCACUAAGGAGAGAGAAAGGGACACAGCGGGGCAUGGCCAGAAGACUGGAAUUGGGGAGCUGAGUGGAGGCACCAAGACCUGCGAGGGCACAGGCUGGGCACCAGGUGUGAGAACAGCCCACUCCUGGGGGCAUUCACCAGGGGUAGAUCUCUUCAGGGUCCCUCUGCCACAACUAGUUUUGAGUUCAUGUGGUCCACCUGCUGGUGGGAAUGUAGAAGCCUUCAGACCUAUGAAGGAUGAUGAGUUUUUGAGAGUCCAGCUCAGGAGAGGCCAAAACACCAUGACCCCAGCAAGCGAGAAUAAUCCUUACUCCAAGACAAACAGAACUGCACAAAAUGAACAUCCCGGGAAGGCUCCCAGGGCAGGACCCAGUGGCCCCACACGCACCCAUGUCAGUGCAUGCAGUGCCUGGAAUCUUACAGGAAGUGACCGAGCUGAACGUGACCAGCUGUGAAGAUGCAGAGACUUCUGAGCCCCGAUCUUGGCCACUCACGGCCCUUGGUAGAAUGUGUGGGGUGUCCACUCAGCCACUUGUUAGAGAAGGUGGCAUGAUCUGGGCCUCAGUGCCACGACCAACAGCGACUUCCAAGGGGAACGUGGAAAGAGCAGAGGAAAAAAACCAGAGUUCAGGCUGGGGAGAGUGACGGUGCCAGUGGUCUGACCCAGCACUGAGUGCAAAGUUCUCCAGCAUCACUCUCAGGUAGAAGCUCCUCUGGACCUUGCCUAAGAACUCCGUUCGUGCGGGAGGACGCAGGCCCACCUGCUCUAACAUGAACGCGUCUGAAUUCAGCGCAGGACACCCAGGAGCCCGGUUAUUCUCCUGACAGCGUCCGCCCCUCAUUUGUCCUUGACCCCCUGUCUGACGUACUCAGCCAUGUACUCACUCUCCUCUCCCAGGCCCCCAAACCUGAGAUCACCAUGGCGUGAUAUGGGGUAGACUACCAGCCUACCGUGCCUCGGCAGUGUGCAGGGCGACCUGUCCCUGGCAUCCACACCUGUGGCCCAUACGUCGCCCACAUUGUGGGGCGCCGAAAACCCAACACAACUGAAACACAACUGCUGACCUUCCCCCGAAGCCGCCUCUAAACGAGGUCCCUAGGCCCCUGGUCCCAGCCGCUCUUUGAAGACUAGCCUGAUGACAGGCAUGUACCAUGUUUUUGGCUGGGACGUUUUUCUGAGCCUUGCCCCGGGCUCCGUAAAGCGGACACGGUGCCAGGGAGAGGAUUUCGGGGCGGUUGCGGGCACAGGCGGGCUUCUGCGGAGGCCCUGGCGAACGCCCCCGGGCGGCGCGGUCACGGGGCCGCCCCCUCCACUGUGAGGUCAUCGGGGCUCAGCAACAUUCACAGCGGCUAGGACGCGUACAGGUCACUGAGGCAGAACUUUUCGACUCUCGCGCCUUCGCUCGUUUCUGCGGACCAGCGGAAUCUCCUCCACACCGCACACCGCCCACCGCCCACCGCCCAGCGAUCCCAUUGCCGCAAACCGCCCCAAAGCCGGCGCCGGAAGCCCAGCGCCACGCAGGGCCCGCCCGAACGUUCCCGUUCCUGGGCCGCCAUUGGCCAAGUCUGAACGGCCCCACGUCGAGGCUCCUUAUGGGAAACGUAGUUCACGCCCCGCUUCAGGAGCUAGCGGCGCCCUCCCUUAUCGCCUUGGCAACGACCCAGCCGCGCCGCGAGGAGAGCCGGGAAUGGAGGUCGUGGCGUGAGGGGCGCCGAGCUAGGGGAGGCGCGGGCCACGGGAGUUCCGGCGUUGCCCAGCAGUCCGCAAUCCUCGGCAGGAAGACUGUCCCGGCGCCUCAGGCAGCUCUGCGUGGGCCGGGGUGACUUCCUCGCGAUCCCCUGGGCGAGGUGAAGGGCAGGGACACUUGCCGCACCUUCCACGCGCCGUGUCCCACCGGCGAGUGGCUCCAUCUUCCUCAGACUUGUCGCUCGCGGACAGGCGCCGUGGGUCUCCCGGGCCUCCGUACCGUCCUCCUUCCCCGUGGCUCCGGGAAGCGGUCCCCUGUCUUCGGACGCAUUUCACCCGCGCGGGGAGAGCUGCCCGAGAAGGUUCCACGGCGGCCGAGGGUUUCCGCGCCCAGGACGCGUUUCGGCUGAGGCCGUGGGUCCAGGCCACGGGUUCUGCCCGCACGGUCCAAUGGCCGGGGAGGCGGAGGGCUUGGUGAUGUUUGAGGAUGUGACGGUAUAUUUCUCCAGGGAGGAGUGGGGGCUCCUUAAUGUGACCCAGAAGGGCCUAUACCGGGAUGUGAUGCUGGAGAACUUUGCACUCGUUAGCUCACUGGGACUUGCACCUUCGAGAUCCCCUGUGUUUACCCAGCUGGAGGAUGAUGAACAGUCAUGGGUGCCCAGCUGGGUGGAUGUGACUCCAGUCAGCAGAGCAGAAGCCAGGAGAGGUUUUGGUCUGGGCCCUGCAUGUUCCUGCCUCUCUGGCCUGUGUCUCCUCAUUGCCCUUCUCUGUAUCUGUGCAGAGCUGUCUACUGCUGGCGACUCAGUGCAUGUCUUGAAACGUGCACAUAUCCUUAAACAGAUGGUUUGUGUAGAGUGGAGGAUGAGAGAGCCCAUCCUGAGCAUCUGAAGAGCUACAGAGUCAUCCAGCACCAGGACACUCAUAGUGAGGGGAAACCAAGAAGGCACACUGAGCAUGGGGCAGCCUUCCCACCUGGUUCCAGUUGUGGGCAACAGCAAGGAGUCCAUGUGGCAGAGAAGCUGUUCAAAUGCAGUGACUGUGGGAAGGUGUUCUUAAAGGCCUUUGCCCUUCUUGACCAUCUGAUAACGCAUUCUGAAGAGAGACCCUUCAGAUGCCCAACAGGCAGAAGUGCUUUCAAGGAGAAGUCAACUCAUAUUAACCCCCGAAAAAUUCACACUGGAGAAACAGCCCAUGUGUGUAAUGAGUGUGGGAAGACCUUCAGUUACCCAUCUAAGCUGAGGAAACACCAGAAGGUUCACACAGGUAUAAAACCUUUUAAGUGUAGUGACUGUAGUAAAACCUUCAACCGCAAAGAUGCACUUGUUCUACACCAGAGGAUUCACACUGGAGAAAGGCCUUAUGAGUGCAGCAAAUGUGGGAAAACCUUCAGUGUUCUGUCUACCCUCAUUCGGCACCGGAAAGUGCACAUUGGAGAAAGGCCCUAUGAGUGUACAGAAUGUGGGAAGUUCUUUAAAUACAAUAAUAGCUUCAUUCUUCACCAGCGAGUUCACACUGGAGAAAGGCCUUUUGAAUGCAAGCAAUGUGGGAAAGGCUACGUGACCCGUUCAGGCCUCUAUCAGCACUGGAAAGUCCACACUGGGGAACGGCCCUAUGAAUGUAGCCUGUGUGGGAAAACCUUCACUACCAGGUCCUACCGCAAUCGGCACCAGCAGUUCCACACUGAAGAGAGGUCUUAUAAAUGUACAGAGUGUGGGAAAGCCUUCAAACAUAGUUCCACCCUCCUUCAGCACAAGAAAGUCCAUACUCCAGAAAGGCCUCAGGAGGACAGGUCACAUGGGAAAGUCAUUAGCUGCUAGCACCGUGUUCAUCAGGAAAAGUCUUAUUCCAGAAAGGAGGUUGAGGAGAGUGGCCGUGAGAGUGCCAUCUGAAAGAAGCUAAACCUUGUACAUCCCAACACCCACCCCAGGGAGAGUUCCCGUGUGUGCCCAGUGUGUGGGAAGCUUUCAGGAGCCACAUUGCACUCUGACUUGCCUGGGGCUGUUGGCAGUGUCACAUCACUCAGUUUAUCCACCGCCAUCCACCUCUAUCCACCCCAUAAGGUCCCUACAGCAAGUGGGACAGCAGACCUUGUGCUCCUUGCUCUAAACAGUACAGAGUCAUUAAUGGUGGAGCCCAAAACAGGCCUCAUUCCCUACCCUUGACUGGUUUAGCUGUGGACAUGACCCACCUCUGGCCAGAGGAGCUGAGCUGGUAUCUUCUGGAGGCUUCCUGGGAAGGUUUACCAUUUUCAUGGACAUGGUUGACAUUACACAUGGUAUUUGUCAUGCCCUAGCAUGGACUGUCUCAUACUGCUCUGGACUGUGUGGUAAUAAAGGCUUUAUUGUUUAAGCCA